AUGGAUAGAUCAGUGAGGCUUAAGACCGUGAUUGGUGGUUUCACAGUUUUGGGCGUGCUAUUGGGAAUGAGCGUUUCAAAGGAGGCACCUGCAAAUUUCGUGUUUGGGGAUUCUCUUGUUGAUGCUGGAAACAACAAUUACCUUCUUUCCCUCUCCAAGGCCAACUUCUUCCCACGCAGCAUCGAUUUUGGUAUACCCACUGGACGCUUCACUAAUGGCAAAACCAUCGUCGAUAUCAUAGGACAAGAACUAGACAUGGGUUAUACUCCACCAUACUUGGCAGCCACUGCAUCUGGGCCAGUGGUUCUUCGUGGUGUCAAUUAUGCCUCUGGGGGUGCUGGAAUUCUCAAUGGCACUGGAAAAAUCUUCGGUGGACGAAUCAACUUCGAUGCACGGAUGGAUAACUUCGCCCAUACCAGGAACGAUAUCAUCUCCAAUAUUGGUUCCCUUGCAGCUCUCAAUUUAUUCAAAAGGGCAAUCGUUUCUGCUCUCAAUGGGACUAACUAUGAUGACUGGAAAGAGUCCCUCAAUAUGUAUCUAACUAUUUCUGAGAAAGAUUUAGCUCUGAGAGAGCCCAAGCCUAUGGAUCUCUCUUCCGAGUCCAGUGCUUCUGAAAUAGCCUUCCAUAAAUAA